AUGGACGAUUUGGUCGAGCUGGACUGGGGCUCGCAGCCCUCACAGCGACCGUCGAACGCGGCAGGCGCAUCCAGCUAUCAAUUUGACGCGCUGCUGCGCUCUAUGCCGUCCCAAACGUCUUCAACAGCGCCCAAACCGGCGCAAAAAUCGGUUCAGCACCCCGCGCCUGUCACUCGGUCGUCAGACAGGUCAGCAGACGAUGCAUUCUCAUCACUGCUCCCCUCCUUUGGCACGUCGGUCAAGCCAAGCUGUGGUUCGUCGGCGCAAGCGGUGCACCCGGUCCCUGCCAAGGCGCCACAAGCGCCAAAGGUCGCACCGAGCGAGGACUUAUGGGGUUGGGAUGCGUUUGAAUCCAAGGCAACAGCGCAGCCGUCAUCUCGCCGGCCUGCGAGUGCACCGCGCGCACCUGUACAGCAUACCGCUAAGCGUCCAGGUCGUCCGCCUGCACGCGACUAUACCGACCUGCUGGGCAAGACGGAUGGUGAAGACGACGAACUAUUAGGUGAUCUGGGGCCGUCGCCGCCCACUACUGCCACGGUACCGGCAUCGCCGCCACCAAUGCGUGGGCCUCGUCGUGGAUCAUCCCCUCCACCCCACAUUGUCGGACGCCUUGUCGAGAUGGGCUAUGGGCCCUUGGAGGCUCGGCAGGCCCUUGCAGCGACGCCCUCGGGCCAAGAUGUGGAUCAUGCACUGACUCUUCUCAAGGCAUCGGAGCCUGUGCCGUCUGAGCCUGUGCGCCCGAGUGAUCCGCCAAAACCGAUGAAGCAGGAACGUGUGCGUGGGCCCAUGGACCGUGGUCCCCCGGCUGCCCCUUCUGCGCAUCGUGAAGGCCCAGCAUCGCUGCACCAGCAGGCGGACCAGCUCUAUGCGCACGCGAGUGAGCUGGGCACAGCCAUGCUGAAGAAUGCCAAUGCCUGGUGGGGCACGGCGAAGGCCCAGGCGCAAAAAGCUCUGGACGAGGCGUCCAGGGAGUCGAAUUCUCGAGGCUCUGCUGUGGCUAUGGCCGCAGGGCUCAGUCGGCAUGCGAUGCGCCGCUGGGGUGGCCAAGCCAAGGCACCCUUGGACUACGAUGCGCGGCCGCGGUGGAUGGACGAGGCGGAGGUGGCGCAGUCGAAGCCUGCUGGGGCACCGGCCUCGGCGCCUCGUCCAGCGGUUUCCAAGGCGCCGACUCAGCCGCCUCCGACGGACGUGUGUCUCUUCGAUGAUGCCACACCCUCGCCUUCGUCGCGAGCACCGGCGGCCGCGCCCCGUUCUCCGCCGCGCCCUGCACCUAGUCGCACUGUAUCGGCGCCCGCGGCAGUGGUGCGUACUGUGGCGCCGGAGGAUGCGGGCGUUGUAGCCCAUGCUAUGCGACUUAAAGAAGAAGGCAACAAGCACUUCGUCAAGGGCGCAUAUGCCGACGCCGAAGUGCAGUAUACCCGAGCCCUCGAAGUCCUACCGCGUACAUCGCUCUGGCGCGUGCCACUACUCAAUAACCGAGCGAAUGUACGGCUGAAAAAUGGGGAUGGCGACGGGACCAUCGCCGAUUGUGCCCUGUGCGUCGAGCUGAUUGUGCUGCCGUCCAUGCCCGACGGUCUGUACCGCCCGAGCAAGGAUGCAUUGCCGUCGUCGCAUGCGCCGCUGAACCUGCGUGAGGCAUAUGCCAAGAGCCUCAGUCAACGCGCGCGCGCGCAUGAGAUGCUGGAGAAGUGGGCGCUCGCGCGUCAAGACUGGGCCCAGCUGCUCUCGUACGAGCGGCUAGAGGGCAGUGGUGUGAAGAGCGGCGCGAUGCACCGCCGAGCAGCAUCGGAGGGCACGGCCCGCUGUGACCGCAUGCUCAAGCCUGUGGCGCCACAGCGUCCUGCGCGUGUAGCAGUGCCGACGGCCACUGCGCCCAAAGCGUCCGCAGAGGGUGUGGCGCGUAUGCGCGAGAUUCACCAGGCGCAGGAUGCCGAGGAAGAGCAGCGGUUGCAACACAAGGACUCGGUCGACGCGCGCAUUGCGGCGUGGACCAAAGGCAAAGAGACGAAUGUUCGCGCUCUGCUCGCAUCCGUGGACGACCCCCAGUACCGCCUCGUGUGGCCCGCCCUGCGCUGGAAAAAGGUCGGGCUGCAUGAGCUUCUGAGCGAGGCGCAGGUCAAGCGCGCCUACACGAAGGCGAUUGCGCGGCUGCACCCGGAUAAGCUAUCACCUAGUGACACGAGUGUCGAGCAGCGCAUGCUGGCGGCGGGCAUGUUCCAUGCCUUGAAUGCAGCGUUCCAUUCGUAG